UCUGGAAUUGAACGCAGGCCUUCUGGCCUCGAGGUAGGGACACCACCAGUGGAUCAGAAGAUCCACCCUUCAUCCUUGAGUAAGACCGGAGUUCUGAGGGGUAUGGGGAUAGUCGAAAGGAUUGUUUUGCCGAAAUGAUUGUGAGAGGGAGGCUGUACCUCGGGAUAUUGGACAACAUGACCCCGUGAAGGGCUGUGGCAUCAGUUCGGUGGUGGAAAAAGUCUUUCACGUGAAAGUGGAGCUAGGGAAACACAGACACUUUUGGGGCUGAGUGGACUCACGAUCGUGGAAGGGCUGUCUCGGCAAACAAUGCACUCUUGUAGCAGUUUUCACUUUCGCUCUGGAGGCGGAAGUUGCUCCGUUAAUGUGCUGUCUUUGUGUUGAGAUUUUAGGUAAGCCGCGUCCGGACUGUCUCUUGCCAGGGCUUAGGAUGUGUGGAGUGUCCCGGCCGCGCUGCGGGGGGAUCGAUCCCAAAUACUUGGUGCUGAAACUGACCCUGGGAGUCUUCGCGACACUUUUCUGGUUGCUGGGACUACUCAUCUUGUGUAUCGGCAUUUAUGCAGAAGUGGAAAGACAACGGAACAAGACAAUGGAUGGCUUCUUUAUUGCUCCAGCCAUCAUCCUGUUACUGCUUGGUCUGGGCAUGUUCACCGUCUCCUUUGUUGGCAUGAUUGGAGCUCUGCGAGAUAACCAACUGCUGCUUCGAGUGUUUAAGUGGACGCUCGUCAUCGUGGUGGUUUUGCAGUUGAUUUUCAUAAUCGUUAGCUUUUUAUGCCAAAAGAAGGUGCUUUUGUUAUUUAAAGCCAACGUGCGGGAGGGGAUUAAACACUAUUAUGAUGACUUGGAUUUCAAAAACAUUCUGGAUCGCAUACAAAUCAAGUUUUCAUGCUGUGGGGGAGAUGACUACAUGGACUGGGCUGUGAAUCAAUACCAUGCUUGUGACGCACCUGGACCACUGGCCUGUGGAGCACCGUACACUUGCUGUGUGAGGAAUCAGGGAGACGUCAUUAACACUCAAUGUGGAUACCAGACACUGCAUCUAGAGCGUUCCGAGGUUGAUGGAAUCAUCCACGCUCGAGGCUGUGUCGACGCGAUCAAUCUGUGGUUCAUGGAUAACAUUGGCAUCACAGUGGGAAUUCUUGCUGCCCUGCUCCUGCCACAGAGAAUUUCACCCCGUGGCACAACUGCAAAGCAAUUUAUCAAGCUUUUUGUUGGGAUUGUGCUGAGCUGUAUGUACCUGAAGAUACUAUCGCAACACAUGGAUGAACCGGAUGGGUUCAGAAUGUUCGUUCCUUAUGAGCUGCUGGAUCUUUCAGGUGCUGGAUGGUGUAUGUGCCUGCCGAGAGAGGGUGGCUACCAACAAUUACGAAGAGCUGACAGCAGUGCUGACAUCCCGGAUGCACUGGAUUCUGCUCAAGAAACGCAGCUGAUCAGCGCACAACAAGGAGAAGUGAACUGAGAAAAGAUACCAAGACUCAACGAGUGUCAAAGUCUGACAUUUGCCAGCUCAGCAACACUGAACAGAAAUGCAGCAGCUCUGGCAUUCUCCAUAUGUAAUAGCUUUUGCUAAAGUUGCCUGGUGUAGGAGAUAUCACUUCUUGGUAAUGGUAUUCUGUCACCGUGAUAGCAAAAACCAAAUGGCAAAUGGAAACGAUCUCAGGUUUACUGAAUUUGGAGAAGAUGCUGUUGAUCCUGUGCAACUCACUCAGCCCCCAUGACUCCCCAUGGACAAUUCGACAUUUCACACAGCCUUAUACAUUGAAUAUUAAACUGUUUUUUUUCAACAAGGAAAGGAAUUUUUUUUUCAACAAGGAAAGGGACCUUCCGUAAAUUACACAGUUAAAUCUGAUGGAGAAGUGACACAAGUUGGAAAUGUAUACUUUCACUUUGCUGAACUGCAAUCUCAGUUGUUGGUCUUGCUGUAACCACUGGAGGAGCUGCUGAGUAGGGAGCAGGGACUUUUGGUUUGAGAUCAGGGAAUUCUUCCAAUAUGUUUUACCUUAUCAUCCAUUUAUUUAAAUCCUGCAACCCAAAGCUCCAAGUACCAUAUAGUGUUGUAUUUUUGUCCAUUCUGGAUUAGCCAAUGUAUAUCUUAUACUAAAAGUAGUUUUAUAUUCUCAUUGUGCUACUUUCAAUAGAUGGAAAGUCAGAGCAAUGGAAUAUUUACAAGUCAGGUCACCCUCAGUCAUUAACCUCGUUGUGUUUCAGCUUGACGGGCACCAGUAUCAUUAAAAUUACCAUCAGAGCAAUGCAACUGUUGUAAAUGUUACCUUCCAUCAUUUUAAUGUCAAUGGAGAGUUAACUCCCUUUCAAUGGUAUAAUUGAUUCAAUUCAAUUCCAGCGGCAGCAAGAUUUCCAUUUCCCUAGUCAGGAGAUAAUGUAGAUUCAACAAGAUAAAGUGACUGUGACCUUUGUGUGCUAGUCUAAUAUAUUUGGCAAUGGUAGCUACUGCAUACUAUUGCUGAGAGUUCAUUGCCUGUCGACCACCUCGCCUUUUCACUGACAGUUUUACACAAUGGUAAUACAGUGAUGUCUCCUGAGCUCCUCACCACAAACUACCACUGGUUCAUCAGAAUAUGACACAAUUUCACAUCUCCAAUGAUUGGCUUUAUCUUGUGUCAUUAUUUCAGGCAUUCAUUGACACUGGUAAGAAAUUGCCAGAUUUCUUUUGUGAUAAGAGAAGCAAUUUUCAAUACAAAGGGAAAUGACUUGAAAAUACUUAGUAGAUCAGGCAGCCUCUGACUAAUAAUAGUCAACACUGAUAAAAGACCAUUGAUUUGAAAUUUUAACUCUGUUUCUGUCUCCACACCUGCUGAGUAUCUCAAGCAUGUUCUGUUUACGUUUGCAGUUUCCAGCACCAAAGCUAUUUGAGGCAAUGUAUUCACUGAGAAACUGUGGAAUAGAAGCAAGCUGUCUAGAAACUAAACAUUGAUUCAAUUGGUGUCCUGCAAACGAUCAGCAUUACAGUACUAUUGAGCAAUAGGGGAGAGAUGGUAGAAACUGACACAAACUUAAUACAUCUAUUCAUUUCACAGCUCCAGAACAUUUCAGUGUCUGUUUGUUAGUUCUUUUGAAAAGGCCUUAGAGAAGGGCAAUGUACAAUUUUCAGGUCACUAUCCUUUCUCCUCAAGAGCUGAAUUUGAAGCCAGAGAUAGUAGGAACUGCAGAUGUUGGAAAAUCUGAGAUAACAAGGUGUGGAGCCAGAUGAACACAGCAGGCCAAGCAGCAUCUUAGGAGCAGGAAAAUCUUCUCCUUCCCCCCUCUUUAACUUGCCUGUCUCCUCUCCACCUAUCUUCUCCUCUAUCCAUCUUCGAUGCCCCUCCCCUCUCUCCCUAUUUACUUCAGAACCCCCUUCCCCUCCCCCAUUUGCGAUGAAGGGUCUAGGCCCGAAACAUCAGCCUUCCUGCUCCUAAGAUGCUGCUUGGCCUGCUAUAUUCAUCCAGCUGUACACCUUGUAAUCUUGAAUUUGAAGCCAACCCAGGUGUAGAAGUUCGACCUCUAUCUCUCCUUUAAUCUAGGACAUAACAUGAGUUGACUUUAGGCCAAACGGACAAUCCUCAUAUUGACUAUUUUGUUGGCAUUGUUGGAUCAGAUAAUAAAAAUAUCAGUUUUGUUGGUACUAAAGCAGAGCAGAGCAGUAGUUUCAGAGAAGUUACCAUAGUCCGAGGGGAUCACUCCCCCAAUAGAGAGAGAUUACUGGUGGUGCCUUUAACUUGAGGAUCAGUAGGCCUCAGACAAGAGACAAGGUUGAGAGGCACAGCUUUCAUGAUAACCUCAGCCUGUACAGGAAUUGAACCAAUUCUGUUGGCAUCAUUCUACAUUAUAAACCAGAAAGCCAGCCAACCAAUCACACUUGUGAUGAAUGGUAUCGAGAGUAGACAUUUAUUCUGAUCUCUGCGUGUUUAAAACUGACCCUCCUUAUUCAUGGUGAGCACUCAAAUUCACCUUCAAAGAAGUUGGAUCACAAAGGGGGAUGUCUCUAAAUGGAUGAAAGACAGAAGAGAUUAAGGGUUGAUAGAGCAAUGUAGAAAGAGAUGAGAAUGGGCUGAAUGAUUAAGAGACAUGUCUAAGGAAGAGGUAGAAACAAGAAUAAAGAAUUGUCACCAAAAUCUGCUGUUAAAAACACAUUAGACCUUUUUGAAGCAAGGUCUAGGCCCGAAACAUCAGCUUUCCUGCUCCUCUGAUGCUGCUUGGCCUGCUGUGUUCAUCCAACUCUAGGCCUUGUUAUCUCAGAUUCUCCAGCAUCUGCAGUUCCUACUAUCUCUGUUAAAAACACAUUGUUGUUAACCAUUACCGCAGAGUAUAGUUAGGUUCCAGUAUGUUGGAUUUAUGUGGCUGUGGCUUUUAGAAUUUAACAAAAAAGGAUGAAGGCUGAUAAGACACAGCCAUUAAUGUGAUGUUUGGGAUUGUAAUCAAUUUCUCUCCUCCUAAAACAUUUAUGACCAACCAUAGCAAAUUAAAUAAAUCACAGAGUUUACAUUAAUGCUCAUUUUUGUUUGGAUUCCCUUGCGUAUGACUCUACCAUUUAAAGAAAGAAUGCAAGUGGAAAGUACUCAGGAGAUUGUUUUCACAGGGAAUUCAUUUGAAUGAUGGAGAAGAUAAAGAUCGAUGAAGUAAAGACUUAAUAUACAGAGUGGGACUCCUUCAGUCAUUUCCCCUUCUCAGACAAAUCCAAUCAAUUCUACGGCACUUUGAAAUUGGAUCAUGCCAUUAAAUUUAAGAAUCUGAAUCAACAAUUGACAAGCCAAGUGACUGAGAAAUAAACAAUGUAGGAUAGUGUGUUUUUCAAAUUUUAAUGGCAGAAGGAGCAACAUAGAUUCUUGGUCCUCUCCAUUCUGAUAAGCAUCUGGAAAUCACUGCAAUCCUUAUUCUUAACUGGUUUAAGCCUUGCUCAACUUGAAAUGGAGGGAAUAGGUGGCUUCAUUGUAUUUAAACUUACAGCUUUGGAAUUUACUGUGAAUGUUGGUGCCCACUUCUAUGAAGUGUGUCAGUCCUUUUCAGCAUCAGUGAUGAUCAGGAUCUAAAAGUGGCUGAGGCUUUUUUGGUAAAAUUGACAUGCUUGGAAAAUAUUGUCAGAUUAUUCUUUGCACUAGAGGGUGUUGACAAAAGCUUGAUUUUCUUCCAAAUCUAUUAUGGAAGUGUUAUUCUCGUUAUGUUAAUUGUAUCAUUGCUUGCCAAAUGCAAAACUGAAAUUGGAUAUUGAAAUUUAAGAUAAGAAUAUGGUCAUAUUUUGUUGAUAAAUAUUUUGUGGUGAUUUUGUGCUCUGCUGUCAUUCCUUUAGAUUUCUGGGUCUAAUGUUGGGUUCAACAUGCCAGUGAGUUUUGAGAUAACAAGAUGUAGAACUGGAUGAACACAGCAGGCCAAGCAGCAUCAGAGGA